UAAAAUAAAAUCAGGGAAACUGACUGGCAACAUGGCAGCACUUUUUCUUAUUGUUUCAGCAGAUGAUAGACCGCGGAACGGCAGGUGAACGAUAUCGAUGGAACACUUCAACCAGUUAUCUCUAAUCCGAGACCGAAAAGUCGCCAUACGCGAUUUACUAAUUAGAAUAUCGCUAUCAGUGCUUUAGCAGAAUUGUCGGGUGCGAAAGUUGGCUUUGUUUGAAAAAAAAUCGUCUAGUGCUACCUGUGUAACCUAGUGAUACACUUUUAUGGGACAAUGUCAACGGACAGGUUUCACAAAGCUGCAAAAGACGGAGUUUUUGAGAUUCUGAAAGAAGCGACCAGCAGAGACUGCAACGGCCGAGAUGAGCAGGGCAUGACGCCCACCCUCUAUGCGGCCUUCUAUGGAAAUCUAGAAGUCCUCCGGCUUCUAUGUGGGCGAGGCGGCGAUCCGGAUAAGGCCGAUCUGUUUGGAAACACCGCUCUUCAUCUAGCGGCUGCUCAGGGCCACAUGCGGAUCGUGACUUUCCUGGUGAAUUUUGGGGCCAACGUCUACAAUACGGACAUUGACGGAAGAACGGCGCAGGAACUGGCCGGGAUCAACAACAAGGAGGACAUUCUUCGCUUUCUGGAUGGCGUGACUGCCAAGCUGGAAGCCAGCGACAAGAAGAAAGUGAAAGCUAUGAAGGAGAAGGCAAAGGAGAACGCUAAGAAGAGGAUAAAAACGUAUAACAAACACAAAGCAAAAAGCGAACACAUGCAUGAGAAACUGGAAAAAAAGCAGACCAAAGACUACAGACCGUCAAUGAUAAACACCAUCAAAGCUCGAAUCAAGAGCGGCUCCAUGUCGAACUUAUCGAACCUGCCUGCGGAAAGACGAAACACGUUCAGCAAUUUGGUUAUGGGUGGUACCGUGAAGGGUUCCAAAACGAUGGGAACCGUCCAGAGGAAAAUCAUGGCAAAAGGCAACCGUUUGAGCACGCAAAACGAAGACGACUUCAAGGUAACAACAAUUGAAAACGGUAAGGCGUCGAUUUCGAAACUAUCGGGCAUUCGUCGGGACUCUGAGGUAAUGUAUGGGGGUACUUUGCAAAGGGCGGCUUUUGAGUCGCAUCAGCGAGGGCGUUUGGAUGGGCUCUUCAACGAGGCGGAGCAGGUGGAGAGCCGGGCGGCUCCUCCUCCGAGCAACGGCAUGCUCAGAAGCAUUUCCCAGCCGGAUUUCUUGGCCGAGCUGCAAAACAAUGCCGAUAAGCCGUUGCAGGAGCCUUCCAGCAUCUUCAUCCGGCCGGGAAUGGGCAGCAUUGUUAUCAGAAAAAGCCUGAAUUCCUUUGGAGGCUUCUACCAAGCGGGGAACAGACCCGAGGAGAGCUCGAUUGGAUCAGGAGAGAGUUACACACAUCGCGCGAUCACCGACGACGAACUAUCAGAAGAAGACUCUGAAGAGGAUGAGGAAGACAGUCCGAAUGCGCCUCUUCAGCGCUUUUUGACGGCGUUUGGACUAGGCGACUAUCUCUCCCGAUUCGAAGACCAGAAAAUUGACCUGGAAACGCUGCUGAUUCUGACCGAAACCGACCUCAAGAGUCUGAACUUGCCUAUAGGUCCUCACCGGAAACUCGUUAAUGCCAUAAGCGAGAGGAAGGCGGCUCUGGAAAACCCCGGAGAAGUUACUGACAGUGCUUUAUAAACCGGACUUGAUAAAAAAUUACUGUAAGAGUAUCAAUGUGCAUGUGGUUACAUUAUUUAUUUAAAAAGACAAUUAAAUAAUUUUGCUAGAUCGA